CAUUAAUCAAAUAUCUCAUUCACUGUACUACUAUAUACAUACAUAUUAAGUAAAAUAUAAUUAAUGACUACCUGCUCAUCUAACUAAUCCAGCUCAACAUAAUAAACUCACGUUUCACUGAGGCAGGGCUUAACUAGUACCCAACUAACUAGACUAGGUUCCAUAUGGUUAAUUUAAUAAUACUAUUUCACUUAAAUAUCAUUAAACGUUCAAAGUUCGUACUGCACCGCACUAUGCGUCUUUUUUAUAAUAAUAAGAUAACAUUUUCACGAGUCCCGGACAAUAGACAAGAGUCUCUUACGCUAUGUAUAUAUAAAUAACAUCGAUCCAUGUAUACAAAACAAGUCUUCUCUCUAUUUCUUUAUCUCUUCCUGCUUGAAGGUGAGGUGAGUGAUCAUCAAAAGGUGUAAUGGAGAAACUGAGAGAGAUAGUGAGAGAAGGAAGGAGAGUCGGAGAAGAAGACCCGAGAAGAAUAGUUCAUGCUUUCAAAGUAGGAGUUGCUCUUGUUUUGGUCUCUUCUUUCUAUUAUUACCAACCUUUCGGUCCUUUUACCGAUUACUUCGGUAUCAAUGCAAUGUGGGCUGUCAUGACCGUCGUUGUUGUCUUCGAAUUCUCCGUAGGGGCCACACUUAGUAAAGGACUAAAUAGAGGAGUGGCGACAUUAGUAGCAGGAGGACUAGCACUUGGAGCUCAUCAGCUAGCAAGUUUGUCUGGUCGAACAAUAGAGCCCAUUCUUCUAGCCACCUUUGUGUUUGUAACGGCUGCGUUAGCAACGUUCGUGAGGUUCUUCCCAAGGGUGAAGGCGACAUUCGAUUAUGGGAUGUUGAUAUUCAUAUUGACGUUCUCACUGAUAUCGUUGUCCCAGUUUAGAGACGAAGAGAUAUUGGAUUUGGCUGAGAGCAGAUUAUCAACAGUGUUGGUGGGAGGAGUCAGUUGCAUACUUAUCUCCAUCUUUGUCUGUCCUGUCUGGGCUGGACAAGACCUUCAUUCUCUUCUUAUCUCCAACUUGGACACACUCUCCCACUUCCUUCAAGAGUUUGGGGGUGAAUAUUUUGAAGCCAGAGAGUAUGGAGACAUCAAAGUGGUUGAGAAGAGGAGAAGGAAUCUUGAGAGGUACAAGAGUGUUCUUAACUCAAAAAGUGAUGAAGAUACUUUGGCUAAUUUCGCAAAAUGGGAACCCCCUCACGGAAAAUUUGGAUUUAGGCAUCCAUGGAAACAAUAUCUUGUCGUGGCUGCAUUACUCAGGCAAUGUGCCCACCGGAUUGAUGCCUUGAAUUCAUACAUCAACUCAGAUUUUCAGAUCCCAAUCGACAUAAAGAAGAAGUUAGAAGAACCGUUUAGAAGAAUGAGCUUGGAGUCAGGAAAAGCAUUGAAAGAAGCGUCAAUUUCAUUAAAGAAAAUGAUGAAAUCAUCUUCUUAUGAUAUUCAUAUCAUAAACUCACAGUCUGCAUCCAAAGCUCUUUCCACAUUACUCAAAUCAGGCAUCUUGAAUGAUGUUGAGCCUCUUCGAAUGGUAUCAUUGCUGACGACGGUCUCACUACUAAACGAUAUUGUUCAUAUAACCGAAAAGAUCUCAGAAUCUGUACGAGAGCUUGCAUCCGCUGCAAGUUUCAAGAACAAGAUGAAGCCGACCGAACCGACCGUGUCACUCAAGAAGUCGGAUUCUGGAAGCAUUGGUUGUGCCAUGCCAAUUAAUUCUCGUGAUGGUGAUCAUGUUGUCACGAUCUUAUUAAGUGAUGAUGAUGAUGAUACAUCAAACAAUGUUGUUGAUGAUGAUACAAUCAAUGAAAAACCUGAAGACGGUGAAAUACAUGUAGAUACGAGUUGCGUACAUGGGGUCGGGAUGAUGCUAGAACAUUCAUUGGGUGUUCGUAUACUUCAGAUUUGAUGUAGUAUUCAUGCAUUGUUUUGUUUUGAACUAUUUGGUCACAUUUUUUUUAUAAUAAAGUCUUGGUUUUCA